AUGGAACCGAGCAAGGCAACCCUCGAGAUUUUCUCCAGGCUGGAGCAGAAGUGGCUGUACCACUGCCAGGGGAAGAAGACGGCUAUUCUGAGCAUCGACGGCGGCGGAACCUCCGCCAUCGUCGCCGGCGCCGCACUUGUCCACCUCGAGAACCAGAUCCGGGAGAAAACCGGCGAUCCCAACGCUCGAAUCGCUGAUUUCUUCGACAUCGUCGCCGGCACAGGAAUCGGCGCUCUCCUCGCCGCGAUGCUCGUCGUCGGGGACAGCGACGGACGCCCGAUCUUCUCCGCGAGGGACGCCGUGGCCUUCCUGUCGGAGAAUCGGGAGGAGAUGUUCCGAGCUGCGCGCGGAGGCGUUUUCCGCCGGCGGAAGAGGUUUUCCGGUAGGAGCAUGGACACCGUUCUGAGGAGGGCUUUCCGAGGGGGCAACGGCAGGGAUUUGAGCUUGAAGGACGCGUGUAAGCCUUUACUGGUGCCGUGCUUCGAUCUGAAGAGCUUGGCACCGUUCGUCUUCUCCCGUGCGGACGCCUCCGAGUCGCCGAGCUUCGACUUCGAGCUGUGGAAGGUCAUCCGCGCCACGUCGGCUACGCCUUCGGCGUUCAAGCCGUUCGAGCUGACCUCGCUCGACGGAAAAACUUCAUGCCUGGCGGUGGACGGCGGACUCGUCAUGAAUAACCCCACCGCCGCCGCCGUUACUCACGUCCUCCAUAACAAGCGAGAUUUUCCGGGGGUCACCGGCGUCGAGGAUCUGCUGGUUCUGUCGAUCGGUAAUGGACCGUCGGCGGUGGAAAAGCGUCGUGAUGGAGAGUGCUCGACGGCUUCCAUCGUCGGCAUUGUCCUCGACGGAGUUUCGGAAACAAUUGACCAAAUGCUCGGAAAUGCCUUCUGCUGGAAUCCUAACGAAUACGUCAGAAUCCAGGCCAACAGCUCCGUGGAGAAGGCGGCCGCGGUGCUGGCGGAAAGAGGAAUAGAAUCGCUGCCGUUUGGCGGGAAGCGGUUGUUAACGGAGACUAACGGUGAGAGGAUCAGCGGAUUUGCUCAACGACUUGUUGCGCCAGGGCGGAGCAGCUUGCCGCCAAGCCCGUGCAAGGAAACAGCCGUUAGUACUCUUGUUAACGGCCGUUAA